GAACUGAUCUGUUCUCUCUCGGCAGCCGCGAGUCUGAUCGGUUGGUGUGGUGUGAGAGCAGAUAGUGCCGCGCGCAGAGAAAGAGAGAGAGAGAGGAGAGACUUUAAGCCGCUCUGCUCUUCGUUUCGAGUUUUCAGUGUUCUGUGUGUGUUUUUGCAGCGAGCUCCGUCGAGUUUGUUCUUCGCCGGCUUUCAUCUUAACGAACUUGCAGAGCAGAUAGUACCAGCAGCUCAACAUGGCGUCCGGAGUAACCGUUGCGGAUAUCUGCAAGACGACGUACGAGGAGAUCAAGAAAGAUAAAAAGCAUCGAUACGUUAUCUUCUACAUCAAAGAUGAGAAGCAGAUCGACGUCGAGGUCAUCGGGCCCCGUGACGCUUCCUAUGACCAGUUCCUCGAGGAUCUGCAAAAGGGCGGUGCUGGCGAAUGCCGCUACGGCCUCUUUGACUUUGAGUACACUCAUCAAUGCCAGGGUACCUCCGAGGCUUCCAAGAAACAAAAGUUGUUCCUGAUGUCGUGGUGCCCAGACACAGCCAAGGUCAAGAAGAAGAUGUUGUACUCGAGUUCGUUCGACGCCUUGAAGAAGUCCCUGGUGGGCGUGCAAAAGUACAUUCAGGCGACCGACCUUUCGGAGGCCUCCGAAGAAGCCGUCGAAGAGAAACUCCGAGCCACGGACAGGAACUAAUAAGCGAGAUAUCACCACCGCAAUAACAACAAUCAAUCAACAACAGCAACACUCAAUAUACAUUGCAACCAAUUUGAUAAAUAUAAUCAUUAAAAGAUUUUCAACACUAAAGGGGCUAUAAUGCACAAACUAUCCCCUUCCUCAGACAAACAAACAAAACAAAACAAAAACGAAUUGAAAAAAAAGAAAAUGUUUCUGUACCAUUUCAUAUGAGAGUUCGUGUUUUUACAUGUUUUUCACUUUUGGAAAACGUUUAUAUCUCAAUAAACUAAGGGAGGGAGUACGUCGUGUACGUUUGCGGAUGAGAUAUAUUAUUAAUGAAGUAAUGCAGUCACAUUUGUAUUGCUCAUCGCUACUCGUGUCAAACUUAAGUUUUAAUCAAUAUAUUGCUAAUCUAAUGUAAUAAUAAGAACUACAAAAAAUGAUUGUAAUAACAGCGUACGAAUGAUACAUAAUCUGUUGAGAUUUGUAGAGAAAAAGAACAAAGCGAAACAAUUGAUUUUUUAUCACUGGCUGUACAAUGUUUAAAUUUACAACAAAAUCCAAUUUCAUUAUUAUUUUUUGACGCGUGUUUGUCGGUGUUGGUGCGAUUUCCUCGUCAUAACCGCUCAAAGUAACUGCUAAGCCUGAACUUAUCGGCUAUUUUUUCAAGUACGUGCGUAUUUGAAGGUAACUGAAGUAAAAAAGAAUGUAGACGGCUUUUAUCAUUUAAAUAUCAAUAAUGAAAUAUUUCCUUCCUAAUUUUGUGAAAUUUUGA